AGUGACCACAGUGUCACCUCGACCCGACGCGGCACAGAGCCACGAACGAAGAAGCAUUUUGAGAGCCAGUGUACGCUCUCUUGACACUCACGCACCCGCCAUCUCGUAGUGACUUCGACUCGGCGAUCUACCUUUGGCCGCACAUCACGGGGAUUUCUCUCAAUGACUCAGGUGUGCGCGAGUGUAAACGUGCGCACGCGUUCUCUGUGAGUGCGCCUCCGCCGAGUGAACUCUUGGGUGCAGUCGGGUGCCAACAUCACCCAUCCCUCACCACCACAACAAAUGCCACGCCUUAACAUUUGCAUUUUGUUGGCAGUACAAUAAGUGAAUUAGUGUCAGCACAACUGCUGUUCGACCAGCUCGUGGCUCGGCUUGUGUUGACUCGCAGAGACUCGUGUCCUGGACAAAGCAGUGCCAGUGAAGAAAUAAGUGACUCUGGCAGUAAAGACAGUUAUCAGUACUUUUAAUAGUGCCAGUGCCAGUGAGUGUCAGUCUGUGAGUGCCGGUUUUUGGCCCACUGCAGUUGGACCCGAUCGGUCGCGGGGUGUGCUGACCCCCUCGACCCCGCCCCCCCAAACGGACAGCGACUCCGACUCGUGUGAUGAACUUCUGAACAAAAUGGCUGACGAAAACCUUGCCAGUGAGUACGUGGCGGACUUCAUGUUGGAGCCGCUGGAGGAUACCAUCUGCGUUAAGGAGAACAAGGACCUCCAUGGCAUGGGCGGAAUGGGCAUGAGUCGUGUGCACACACACAUGAUGACGCCCCACAUGCCCAACGUGGGCGCCGCCGCCUGGAUGAAUCACCACCACCACCACCACCCCCAUCCACACACGGCUGCAGCCAUCGGCGGGAUGCCCACGCCCCAGGUCAAGCCCCAUUCGCAGGUGCCCGGCACGCCCCCCGACACCCCUCCGGGUUCGUCGCCGCCUAACGGGUCCCUGCCGCCCUCGCCCCAUUUCCAGGGCAUGCCCCAGCACACGCUCAUGGACGAGAUGUGGGCCUACAACCGGUACAUGCAGGAGCCGCUGGACCUGCGGCCCGGGCCACAGUGCGGCGGCGAGCAGCUCGAAGCCCAGACCUGGAUGCUGGACCGCAAGUGGGAGAGCCAGCAGAAGUACCCUCUAAACACGCUGGCGCCCAAUGGCAAGGGCGCCACCGACCAGCAGUCGUCGUGCCAGAUGGGGCUGCAGGGCAUGCAGCACCACAACACUAGCGUCUACAUCUCGGACGAGGAGCUGGUCACGCUGUCCGUGCGGGAGCUCAACCGGCGCCUCCACAACAUGCCCAAGGACCUCCAGACCAAGUUCAAGCAGAAGCGGCGGACGCUCAAGAACCGCGGCUACGCCCAGAGCUGCCGAACGAAGCGCCAGAAUUACAAGAUGGAGCUGGAGAACGUCAACAGAACCCUGCAGACGGAGAACCAGCGCAUCCAGAACGACGCGAACCAGCAGAUCGGCAUCUACAAGUCCGAGAACCUUUCGCUGAGACGAGACAUCGAGAACUUGAAAAAGCAGCUGGAGAAGACGCUAAGAGACUUGGAGGCCAUCCGCCGACAGCAGCAACAGCAGCAGCAACAACAACAGCAACAACAACAGCAGCAGCAGCAGCAGCACCAGGUGCCGCAGUCCUCCCAAGACACGAGCGGAGGCCAGGAGCUGUACUCCAUGUGACCAUGUCGCCCCCCGGACUACCCGAACCCGCCGCCGCGUCAGGAGGGUGUCGGGUACGCUAUGGAGAAGCCCAACGAAAUAGCUUGGCCGCUUGAGCAGCAACGCCACCACCAGCACCACCCCCCUCCCUCGACCUCAUAGAGGCAUCCUCCUCGUCCUUCCCGCGCGCCCUGGCGACGCCCCGGCUCCUCGCCCCGCUCCUCCUCCGCCGCUGCUGCCUCCGCCCCUGUCCCUUCCUGGUCUGCUCGUUCGGCUGUGAUUUCCUCUCCUCGUGGACGAGUCUUAGGCGAAGAAGGGUGACGAGGACUCUCAUCCGCCUCUCCCCCUCCCCUCGCGCCGCCGCCUCACCUCGCGAGCGUGAGGCGGGCGAGGGGGAGGGAACAGCGCCCCUGCCCUCACCGUCCGCUCGACCGCCCUCAGCCACCCUUAUUUCCUCUUUAUUACCCUGGCGACAAUCAGUGGGAGGCCUGAGGGUGUGGGCGGACGUUAGAGCAGCCCCUGGCCACCGCCCGCCGCCAACCACGCGGGCGCUGUGGCACCAACAAGCUCCACCUGUGCCGCGCCAUAUGUCAACGCCCCUUGUAAACACCGCAGUUCCAACGCCCUCCUCCUACCCCCUCCUCCCCCUCGCCGCAGGUAGCGUACGUCUCAUGUGCAGGUGUACACUGCAGAAAUCCCUCUCUUUAGUGUACACACAAACUUACGGAAGAAAAAAAAGGAAAUAUAUAUAUAUAACAAUAAUACUUGCCAUUGAUGUGUUCUCUUCAAUAUUUUGUGUUGUUAUCUGUUAUUUUUUUCUGUUUUUUGAUAAUUAUAUAGGUACAUUUAUAGAAGAUUUUAACAAAGAGAACAAACUAAUCAGAGAAACGACCUGCAGUUCUCGACCUAAUUAUCAUAUUGUGUUUAAUAACAUUUAUUCGGUUACUCUUAUCGCGUUGAAGUAGAUGUUUUGGCGACUUUUUUUUUUCAAAUGUUUAUUUUUUCCCGCCAAAAACAUCGACUUCAGCGUCCCAAUCACACCUGUACUAUGCUCAGUUUGGUAAUUAUUAUAAUUUUCCCUAAUAUCUCCUCGCUCUUCUCCACGCUCCGUUUAUUUACUUUUUUUCAUUAUUUUCUAAUAAAUAUGAAUUAUCGGUGAAAUAUAUAUAUAUAUGGAUAGUAUGAUAAUGAUAAUAGCACAAUUUAAUCUACGUUUUUUUUUUUUUUCUUAUCUGGCGAGCAGUGUCAGCAGAGCGAAGAGAUAAGGAGGGUGUUCCCAAAGCAGGAUUUGUACAUAGACUUUUUUGCCUGUAGCCCAUUUCUAAGCGCUCAUUCCGAUCCAUAUUGUCAUAUAAUAUGUUUGGGAAGGUAUGCGAUACUUUAUGAUAUUUGGACGAAAUGAUGUUGAAACUCUGUUCAAACUCGGGAGAGAUGACACUUUUUUCAGAGGAUACAACUUUUUGUCUCUUUUUUUUUAAUGAUGCAUAUUUCACUUUGCAAUUAUAUCUAAAUCUCUGAUUCUGAUGCUCAUUAGGGAAUUCUCUAUUAUUAUUAUUAUUUUCAGAAGAUCUUAUAAACUUACGAUUAUGAAACGUCGACAGAUCAUCCGAUUAAUAUAUUGAAUAUGCAUAAAUGGCAACCUUAAGGCCAACGAACGAAAUCUUUUUUUGUUUCGCUUUUUUCUAUUGUUAUUGUUA